UCAACUACCGUUCUCUUCUACAUCUUCUCUUGUUGCUACACUGACUCUCCCAUGGAACACAACCCCAAUUCCAAUUAUGCCCUCAACGGAAAGAGAAUGCUAUGUUCCGUCAUCCUCGUCUUCGUUGCAAUCCUUGUCUUAUCAUGCUUCUACAGCUACGCUCUAAGGCUGCUUCGCAGCUACUCUCGCCGCCGCCACCGACAAACACAAAACCGGACCCAUCACCGCUCAUCUCUUUCUGCCGCUACAUCGCCUCUAACCGUCUCUUCAGGGGGUUUAGACGUGUCGGUUAUCAAAUCAAUCCCGACUUUUAUCUACUCUGUCGGUCAUCAUAGGAGGCUAGAAUGCGCCGUGUGCCUGUCGGAGUUCGAAGACAAGGAUUGCGUGUGCGUUUUGCUCAAGUGUAAACACGCGUUUCACUUCGACUGCAUUGACAUGUGGUUCCAUUCUCACUCAACUUGCCCACUGUGUAGAGCGCCGGUGGAAAAAGUCAUUUCGGACAUCCCGCCGCAAUUAACAGAACAGGCCAUCGCCGCAGUGACUGAAACCGCCGGAUUAGAAGAGAAAGAAAUAAAUUAUCGUUCACCGGCGCCGGAACUGGUGGGUAUAGCGGUGGAAAUGCCUGCAGCGGAGGAAAGAUUGAGGGAUUUACAGAAUGCGGGUUCGGGUGGUGUUUCCGCAAGAGGAAGCGGGUUCAAGUCGCCGGGCCAUCGGAUUCCAUCUCUGAGGAGGAUUUGGAGCAUCUAGUUAAUCUUAAUAACUUGGUAAUCAAGGACAACAAGACAAAAUACUUCAGAAUAUCUGACAAUGUUGGAGUAAGUAGUUUCCUCCUUUUUCUUUUUUUUUUUUCCUAACAUGGACCAUGUGUCAAAAGAAUAAGGUGAAAUGUACUUUUUUUUUUCUUCAUCGUAAUGUAUAUAAAAAUGUAAAUGUUAA